GCGCCGUAAAACUGAAGAGAAAUUGCUAUAAUGGUGAACGGAAGUAGUAAUACGUCGUCAACACCACCACAACUUCCACCUCCGGCACCUACGACGAUAACUUCAAAAACGCCGCCUCCACUACCUCAAUUAUCAGAAGAACAAAAAGUUGAAAUUAAAGAAGCUUUUGAAUUAUUUGAUACCGACAAAGAUGAUGCUUUAGAUAUUCACGGUUUGAAAUUUGCCAUGAAAGCUCUUGGCUUUGACGAGAAAAAACCUGAAUUGUUGAGAAUUCUUCGACAACAUGAUAAAAAUGAAGAAGGUGUAAUAGCAUUUGAGGAUUUCUUUAAAGUUAUGGCAGAACGAGUUGUAAAUAGAUCACCUAUAGAAGAAAUUCAUAGAGCCUUUCAACUUUUUGAUGAUGAUAAUACUGGAAAAAUAUCGCUUCAUAAUCUGAAACGAGUUGCAAAGGAAUUGGGAGAAAAUUUAGAUGAAGAUGAACUACAAGCGAUGAUAGAUGAAUUCGACUUAGAUGAAGAUGGAGAAAGUAUCCUUUUUUAUUUAUUAAUGAACCUACAUUGUUUUAAAGUUUAUAUUUCCUUUACAAAUUUUAUUACUUAAAAGUAAACGAAGAAGAAUUUGUUAAA